AUGGCCGACGAGGACCUGAAACUUUGGCAUGGCAUAGACCAUACGCUAACCAGCAACCUUCUAGGCAAGAUCACCUCAAUCAUCGAGUGCUCGAUCUGCUCUGAGACGAUGCAUGUCCCGUUCACCACGGAGUGUGGCCACUCGUUCUGCUACGAGUGCAUCACCUCGUGGUUCCUGAACAAGCUCAACUGUCCCAGUUGUCGUCACGAGAUCGAGCACCGUCCCGUGAUGAACAUCCAGUUGAAAGACAUCGCCAAAAACAUCACCGACUUGAUAAUAGAAACGAGGUCCGACCAGCUGGAGCGCGACCGCAUCGCAAAGCACCGCAAUGAGUGCAUCUCAGGCUAUGAGUACGAUGUCAAACACAACCGUGCGUUUGGUGAGAUCUUCAAGUCCGCGUUGACGUUUGUGGAUACUUCUGAUGGCGUGCCUCGGUGUGGCAACUGCCACUGGGAGGCCAAUGGAGACGUGUGUUUGCAUUGUGGCACCAGGUUUCGGGUGCCGCAGGAAGACGAGUACGACUCAGCGGACGACGACGACUACCCCCACGAGUUUGGAGGCGACCACCCUCGCAACUCCGAAGACGAGUAUGACUCAGCUGACAGUUUUGUCGACAACAGAGGCUUUGCCGAGAUCAACCGCGACCGAGCGAGGGACUCGGACGAGGACAUAUUGUCCAGCGACAACCUCUCAGCUGACGACUGGAACGGAUUUGGCCACGAAGGAACCGAAGGCAGCCCCAUAGAGCUCGGAGGCUACGACGACGACGGAAACGAAGACUACUACGACUCAGACGACUUGCGCGAAGCGCUUGACGAAUUCCACGACAGCCACAUACAAGAGUCCGACGACGUGCCCAUAAGCACCAGGGUCAGAGGAACCAGGCGACCUUUCGUGAUCACCUUGAGUGAUGAGGACGAAUAG